AAAACAUUCAAAAGCCAGUCAUCAUUAAAUUAUCAUAAAAGAGCUGAACAUUUAAUGAUAAAAUAUGUUUGCGAUUACAACGAUUGUGGCAAAUAUCAUUCAAUUGAACCGAAAUUUCGAUGCAAUUAUGAAAACUGUGACAAAAUAUUUGUUUCUUUUAGUGGUUUAUAUCAACACAAACUUAGUAUUCAUUUGUCUAUAAACACAUUCAAAUGUGAUGUCGAUAACUGUGGCAAACAAUUUACUACAAAAUCUAAUCUUUUACGACAUCGACGAACACAUUCAGGCAUUAAACCAUUUAAAUGUGAUGUCAAUGAUUUCCUCAAACUGUUUGUUCAUCAAUCGGGUGACAAACAAACAUAUCUUUCAGGUGUAUCCCUAAACUCAUCGAAAAAACUGCUAUACGUUUUUAUAUACCGUUCCUAG